UAAAAGUGCGUCGUCUCUAUGGCUGCGGACGACGCAUUAGUAAUCCUGCCGCUAGCUCGGAACCUGUUCGGUUUUUAUUUAUUUAUUUGUUUUAUUUGUGAUAUCUAAUGACAGCUGCUCCGUAAUGACGGGCGAGAGCGGAGAGAAAUUUUGAGUGGUCCGAAACCAGGUCAAUCGCCGUGUUACAUCGACUCUGCGCCAUGUUUCACAAGGAAAAGAGCAUCCAGAUCAAAAACAGCGCGUCGGCGCUGUACAACAACCUGAGCGUGCUGCGCAUCGCUCCGAGGCGCCUCACCUACUUCACCGUUGUCCACGCCAACGUUGUGAACAUGGUCAGCGCGUCGUGGGACGGCCUCAACUACUCGCACCGCCAGCUGCAGUCCAAAGAGCCCAACGUUGCCACAAGCACGUCGCUCAUCAUGCAGGCAGCUUUCUGUGUUUUACCCUCCCGUGAUCUGCUGGUGGUGUCGUCUCAAAAAGGCAUCCAGAUGUAUGAAUCUGAUGGCUCAAUCAUGGUGUACUGGCACGCACUGGACACGCCGGAAGCACCCACAGAACAGGCAGUGUUCGCUCGAGGAAUAUCGGCUGUCUCUGACAACUACAUAUGUGUUGGCGUUUCCUCUGGAGCGGUUCUGGUGUUUGACGUUCCCAGUAAAGGCAGCAACAUCACCCUGUCUGAGGUGCUGGAGGAGCACAAGGAGGCCAUCACUGACAUCGCUGCGGAGUGUUCUGGCAGCCAGGAGCGCCUAGCCAGUCUGGUCACUGCGGAUGACGGCGGCAACAUUUGCGUGUGGAAGUCUGGGGAGGAAUUUCAACUUCUAAACAAGAUCCCUGGCUUGGACAUCACCUGCUCAUCUGUGAAGCUGUGGAAAGGCACAGUGUUGGCGGGCUACGGCAAUGGCCAGAUCCGUCUCUACGAGGCAGUGACGGGAAUCCUUCACGCUGAGGUCAACGCUCAUGCUCGCUGGAUCUACUCUCUGGACGUCGCUCCCUUUUCCGGUCUGCUUCUGUCUGCUGCCGAGGAUUCCUUUGUCAGGGUUUGGCACCUGGCUAUGACGCCGGAGACCAACAGUGUGGAGAUCGCCCACUUACACAACGAAUGUGUGACAGAUACGCAGAUUUGCGGCGCUAAAUUCUGUGAUGGAGACGGUUAUGCUUUUGCAGUGACAGGUUAUGAUCUGAGUGAGAUCAUUCGGUACGUGCAAUCGUAGGUCUUUGUCGUCUUUAAGGCUAAGGGUAUAAAUGUGAAUUUGAAAUGUAGUAUUUUUUAUAUAAAAUGCAUGUUGAACAUUGGAUCUUUGUAGUGGAGAAGAUUUUCAAAUAAUAAUAAUAAAAAAAACUUUUCUCUAUAAUUCAUGUAUAAACUUUAUGUUGGUGUAGUUCUGUUUAUUGUUACAAAUGCGAUAGUAAACACUCCAUGAAGACUGA